AUGUCGAAUCCUGGACCGGCCUAUGACCCUCGUCGAGCCACCGUGUAUGCUCGACAACCGGAGGAGCUUCAUAUCCCCUCGGGUGGUGCUCCCCUGCAGCGACAGUCCAUGUCCCAUGAAUUCGCGACCGGUACCGAUAACCAUGUUCCUUCGAUCAAUCUCCAUCCGACGAGUCCUCAACCGAAUCAGUAUGGGGGUGGGAAUAGUGCUAGUGGAGCACUACCAGGGGCAUUGCAGCCAGGAAAUGCCAACCGACCACAUGCCAUGUCUGUGAACACUGCCCCGUCCGGUAUACCCACGCUGCCUCAGUUGUCGACACAGCUCCAGCAGCAGCAGCAGCAGCAACAUCCACAACCCCCAUCCACCCCUCGCUCUGGCAUGUCCAAUUCUCAUGGUCACUCCCGUUCCAGCCCGGCGGGGGUUGAGCAGUCGAAAUACAAGCCACAUGGCGUUUCAGACACUACCCGUUACGGGUCAUCCCCCGGCGCUGGAUUCCCGCCGACCACUCCACAAGGUGCCAAAAUCUCACCUCUUGGUUUAUCUGAUAUCCGCCCGUCGACAGACCUUCUGAGCGACCAUCUCAUGAGCCCAGGGGCGCAGCUUCACAAUGGGGACAACCCGGUGCCGACGAACAGUAACUACAUCGCACCGUGGCCGGUGUAUGCAGUGGAUUGGUGUAAAUGGCCCGUUACAGGAAGCGCUAGCUCAUUCGGGGGCAAAUUGGCUCUGGGAAGCUACCUGGAAGACAAUCAUAAUUAUAUACAAAUCAUUGAUACCCACUUGACCCAGCCUGACCCCGACACGCAAGACGCUGCGGCUGGCGACGUCAAGCUGGAAUAUGUAAAAACUGCGGAAGCCUCGCAUUCGUAUCCUGUUACGCGAAUCCUCUGGGAACCUCCCACGUCCCAAAAGCAAUCAACUGAUCUUCUAGCGACUUCGGGCGACCAUCUACGGCUGUGGUCCCUUCCGGCCACAACCUUGCAUGAGUCCAAUUCCAUUACGCGAGCGGCCAGUCAACGAGAGCCUCCUACUGCAAAGCUUUCCCCCUUGGCGCUAUUGUCAAAUUCGAAGUCUCCCGAGCAUACGGCCCCCAUCACCUCACUUGACUGGAACACAAUCUCACCCAGCCUGAUCAUCACGUCCAGCAUCGACACGACCUGCACCAUCUGGGACAUUCCCACGCUUACGGCCAAGACUCAAUUAAUCGCACACGAUAAGGAAGUGUACGACGUUCGCUUCUGCGCCAGUAGUGUCGACGUCUUUGUCAGCUGUGGCGCCGAUGGCAGCGUGCGCAUGUUCGAUCUCCGCAGUCUGGAACACAGCACGAUCAUCUACGAGCCGACCGACAAGAAUGAGAAGCUGAUCAGCCCCGGCAAUGGCAGCCCCUCAGCCCCAGCCUCUGUAUGGCCUCCACCACUACUCCGAAUUGCCGCAUCCCCACAUGAUGCCCAACUUUUGGCCACCUUCUCCCAGGACUCCAACAUCGUGCGCGUACUGGAUGUCCGACAGCCGGGGCAGGCCCUCCUGGAACUGAAGGGCCAUUCGGCCCCCAUCAAUUCUGUCGAAUGGUCUCCCAACCGCCGUGGUGUUCUUGCUUCCGGUGCAGACGACUGCUUUGUGCUUCUCUGGGACCUGAUCAACCAGCAAAACGCUGCACCCGUUCCUCCCGCCGUGCACAAUCCGGGUGCUCCCUCAAUCACCUCCGAACGCGGCCCCGCGGCUGCAUGGCAAUGUGACUAUGAAGUUUCCAAUAUCACCUGGUCACCUCAAGGCCGCACAUCCAGCGGACACCCACGAGACUGGUUGGGUGUGUGCGGGGGUCGGGGCGUGUGGGGGGUGGCCGUCUGA